GUCGCGCAGGAGAAGCAGAAGAAGAAGAAGAAGCAGUGUUUUGUGUGCGAAGCCGGCGUUGUUCCCGAAUUUUCUCUAAUUUCCGCUGUUUAAUCGAUAGCAGCGUGCUGAAAUUGUCUGCGGGAGUGGUGAGAGACAGAGUGCUGGCAAGAUGAAGAUCGAGGAGGUGAAGAGCACGGUGAAAACGCAGAGAAUCGCCGCUCAUAGCCACAUUAAGGGGUUAGGAUUGGAUGAAAACGGAGUGGCUCUGCAGAACGCGGCUGGCCUUGUGGGCCAGAAGAAUGCUCGGGAGGCGGCGGGAAUAGUCAUUGAUCUGAUUAGGAGCAAGAAGAUGGCUGGCAGAGCGCUUCUUCUUGCCGGACCGCCGGGCACUGGGAAGACAGCUAUAGCACUGGCGAUAGCACAGGAGUUGGGCAACAAGGUGCCCUUCUGCCCCAUGGUGGGCUCUGAGGUGUUCUCAGCGGAGAUCAAGAAGACGGAGGUGCUGAUGGAGAACUUCCGGCGCUCGAUAGGGCUGCGAAUCCGAGAGACGAAGGAAGUGUACGAGGGCGAAGUGACUGAGCUGACGCCCGUGGAGACGGAAAACCCGAUGGGCGGCUAUGGCAAGACCAUCAGCAACGUGGUGAUCGGCCUGAAGACGGCCAAGGGCACGAAGCAGCUGAAGCUGGAUCCCAGCAUCUACGAAUCCCUGCAGAAGGAGAAGGUGGAGGUGGGAGAUGUGAUCUACAUCGAGGCCAACAGCGGAGCCGUGAAGAGACAGGGCCGCAGUGACACUUUCGCCACAGAAUUCGACCUGGAGACGGAGGAAUAUGUGCCGCUGCCGAAGGGUGAUGUGCACAAGAAGAAGGAAGUGGUGCAGGACGUGACUCUGCAUGAUCUGGAUGUGGCGAAUGCCAGGCCUCAGGGUGGCCAGGACGUCCUCUCGAUGAUGGGACAGCUGAUGAAGCCCAAGAAGACGGAAAUCACAGACAAACUGCGCAUGGAGAUCAACAAGGUCGUGAACAGGUAUAUUGAUCAGGGCAUCGCUGAGCUGGUGCCGGGAGUACUGUUUAUCGAUGAGGUGCACAUGCUAGAUCUGGAGACUUUCACGUACCUCCACAAAUCCUUGGAGUCCGCCAUCGCGCCAAUUGUCAUCUUCGCCACAAAUCGCGGACAUUGCGUGAUUCGCGGCACGGAUGACAUCGUCUCUCCGCACGGGAUUCCGCUGGAUCUGCUGGACAGACUCCUGAUCAUCCGUACGCUCACAUACAGCACGUCAGAGAUUGAGCAGAUAAUUAAGCUGCGCGCCCAGACGGAGGGUCUGCAGAUUGAGGAGGCCGCUGUGGGGGCUCUCAGUGAGAUCGGGAAGACCACGACACUCCGCUAUGCUGUUCAGCUGCUCACGCCUGCCUUCCAGACGUGCAAGGUCAACGGGCGGAGCGUGAUCAACAAAGAAGACGUUCUGGAGAUCAGCGCUCUCUUCCUGGACGCGAAGAAGUCGGCCAAAUUCCUGUCGGAGAAGAACAACAAGUACAUGAUGUGAAGUGGGUGGGGAGCUCCAUUGAAGGGAGUUUCAUGAAUGAAAUAAAGGAAAUAUUUC